AUGAAUUUGUACGUUUUGUUAUUCAUCUGCGGUGUUUUCUCCGCUAUUGUUUUGUGCGAGGAACCCCUUGGUGUUGUUGUUUGGCAUGGAAUGGGCGAUUCUGGUACAGGGAGAGGAAUCAAACAUCUCUGUGAAAUGAUUGCAAAUGAAAUUCCUGGGACAUACGUUCUUAAUUUAAUUAUUGGCUCUGCAACCAUGGACCGUAUAAACUCCUUCUUCAUGCCAAUUAACGAACAACUGGAUAUUGUCUGCAAGAAGGUUCACUCAGAUCCUCGCUUGGCCAAUGGCUUUCAUCUGAUUGGUUUCUCCCAGGGUGGUCUAUUUGUUCGUGCGCUGGCUCAACGCUGUCCACCAAAGAAACUCGGCUCGGUCAUAUCGAUUGGUGGCCCCCAGCAGGGCAUCUUUGGCCUGCCCUUCUGUCCCAAUGCCACCUCCAUCCCACUGUGUCAAUAUUUACGUGAUCUUCUUUCAAAAACCGCGUAUAAUGACCUUGUCCAGUCGAGUUUCGUUCAAGCCCAAUAUUGGCAUGAUCCAAUGAACGAGAAAUUGUACCGUGCGAAGAGUCGAUUCCUCGCUGAAAUCAACCAAGAGAACAUCGUCAAUAGCACUUAUCGGGAAAAUCUUCUCAAAGCUAAAAACUUGGUACUUGUUCGUUUUAUGAGUGAUGUGACUGUCAUUCCCGGCAUAUCUGAGUGGUUCGGAUUCUACCGCAAUGGCAGUUCCGAAUCUACCUACGAUUAUAAGGAAAGCAAACAGUACGCGACGGAUAGUCUUGGAUUAAAGACACUUAAUGGACAAGGACGUCUUCACCUGCUAUCGCUUCCAGGUCGCCAUCUCCAGUUUUCGGAUUAUUGGUUCCGCACAGUUAUAAUACGCCAAUUCUUAAAUAUCACCGUCCAUUAA